GAUCUACAUUAUGCGCGGUCCGUUGGUAGCACAGAAGGAAAUAAGAGCGCCGAUAAGUGUCAGGAGGAAGAACAGGUUGCGUGUAAAAAAAAAUGACGCCUUUAUGAAGUGAUCAUGGCCCGGCUGUACAGUUUUUGGUUGUGUGGCUCGGUGACCCGUGGGACUUCAUCAUUGCACAGCCUCACUCAUGCAUGGCUUUCUGAGGAUGAUUUCUUCAAUUUAUCGCACGGCAUCGGAUUUUGGGGCCGAAUUAGGUGGCAAAAUUGGCUAAAGCAAGCGCAAAACUUCGGACUUAUACUCGCCAGAUUUCGGGUUUCGAUAUGUCGAUUGUUCUAUUACUAUAAAAGCUGGCCACCUGCCUAGUCGAUUAUAGGUUGAUAAGUAUCCUUCAGCAU